AUGGUCGACGAAAAGACACCGCUGGAGCCUCCUCCGGCCUAUGAUGCCGACAGUGCCAAUCAUAAUGCCACUCCAAAUGCCCCUCCCCAUGCUCAACGUCGGCCGCGCAUGCCCAUUCCUCUCGAUCUUCCCGCUCUUCAGAUGAUUCGGGGAAAGCGCGUGAUUCUCGCCUCGGCCUCCCCUCGUCGCCGACAGCUUCUCGCUCAGAUUGGCCUCAGCAACGUCGAAGUCAUUCCAUCGACCCUCCCCGAAGAUCAGUCCAAAUCACUCGCUCCAUUUGAAUAUGUCCUCCUCACCGCCGAGCAAAAAGCUCGGGACAUCUACUCGACACACAUCAACGAUGCCGUAGAGCCGGCUCUGGUCAUCGCCGCCGACACGGUCAUUUCCACGGCAAUGGGCCAGAUCCUGGAGAAACCGCGCAGCGAGGCGCAUCAUUUCGAAAUGCUCAAACAUCUCCGCGAUGGGAACAAUGGAUGGCACAAGGUCUUCACGGGAGUGGUGGUCAUGGCUCCACUGGAGAGUCUGAUGGAUCCUGGAUAUGCAAUGGAAACGCACGUCGAGGAGACGCAGGUCAAGUUUGACAACAGCAUCACCGACGAUUUGCUGUGGAGCUACGUGAGGACGCGGGRAGGGGCAGAUAAAGCGGGCGGAUAUGGAAUCCAAGGAACCGGGAGCAUUUUGGUGGAGAAGAUUGAUGGCACCUUUGACAAUGUCGUGGGUUUACCGUUGCGAGCGACCUUGCAGCUGAUUGAAAAGGUCAUUGUGGAGCCGGGCGUUCCUGAAGAGACGGAGUUGUAG